AUGAUUUCAAUGUUAAAUAUAGAAGACACAACGUCGUUGAAUCAAAUAUCGAGUGAUGAAGAUGAAUAUUUAGUAAGUCCAUAAAAAAAUUAGAAAGUUGAAGAAUUUGAACAAUAAUCAAUUAAUUAAUGUGAUGAAGAUUUAUCAAUAAUUGAAUUGCCAAUAGAAAUGUGUUUUAACAGGCAUAUUGAUAAAAGAAUAAAUGGAAUAGCAGAAUUGUAAAAUCAUGCUGAUGAAAUUACAUAAAAGAUAAUGAAGAAUGUAAAGUGUGCAUUUUAGAGAGAGUUUAUUAAGGAACUUGUAUCUAAAUCAAAGAAAAGAUUUAAAUUGGAUGGUUUUAAUUUGGAUUUAACUUGUAAGUUAAUAAUACUUAUCGAGAUAUAACGGAUAAUAUGAUUGCGAUGGGUUUUCCUGCAGAGAGUUUUGAAGCAAUAUAUAGGAAUUCCAUGUCAGAAGUAUAAAAAUUCUUAAAUACACGACAUAUGAAUAAUUAUAUGGUCAUAAAUUUGUAAAUUUAGAUUGCUACCUAGAUGUUCAGAAAGAAAGUAUAAACAUGAAUCUUUCUUUAAAGUGGCUGAAUUUCCAUUUGAUGAUCAUUAGGCACCUCCUUUUAAUUUGAUAGUAGAAUUUUGCAUAACUGUUCAUGAUUGGUUAUAAUCUAAUCCUAAUCAUAUUAUUGCAGUUCAUUGUAAAGCAGGUAAAGGGAGAACAGGAGUAAUGAUUUGUUGUUAUUUGUUAUAUAGUGGUAAGUAUAAUUCAAGCUAAGAUGCUUUAGCUUAUUACGGAUUAGUUCGUACUUUAAAUUAAAAAGGUGUCACUAUUCCAAGCUAAAUUAGAUAUGUACAUUAUUUUAGUUUUGCUCUUAAAAAUGAUUUAAUCAAAAAACCAUUUCUUUAAGUUGAGUUACUCUCCUUAAGAUUAAUUGGCUUAUCUCAGGGAACAUUGAUUCGAUUGUAAAACAAUAGCAAACAAUUGAUUUAAAAAGCAUAGAUCAUUACAGAUAAAGAAGUUAUCUUUGCUUUUUCUGGGAUCUAUCUUUAUGGAGAUGUUCUAUUAUAAAUAUUCUAAAAAUCUAUUGUAUCAGAAUUCAAAAUCUUACAAAUUUGGUUCAAUACAAAUUUUGUCGCUUUGUCACCAGAUGAAUAGAUUUUCAAAGCCUCAGAAAUAGACUUGAUGAAAAAAUCAAAAAAAAAACACUCCUAACAUAUUUAGCUAGAACUCUUGUUUGAUAAAACUGUAGAAAUUAGAAAAAGAUCAAAUUGUUAAUCUAAAGGUAUAUGA